GACACCGGGCUGCAAGCCAGCACCCCUCGUGCCAGCACCCCUGCCCCCGCCCGAGGCUGCUCUGCGGCGGGGCUAUUGGCCAAGAGGCAGCGCUUCCCCGGGCCCAGCUGCGCUAGGGAAGGUGCCCCGGGCCGGUCGGCUGCAGGAGCCACCCCGCUGGUCUUGGCAGGGGCCGGCCCGCGGCUCCUCCCCGACGGGAGGCGCUGAGGCCGGGGGCAGCCCUUAAAGGGAGCCGGGCCGCGCCGGACGGCGGGACAGCCUCGGACCAGCGUCCCCCCGGUGCAUCCCCAGCAGCCAUGGGGCCGCCCCUCUGCUGGCUCCUGCUGCUGCUGGCCGCCCCCCUGGGGGAGCCGCGGCCGCCCCCGGCCGUGCCCUGCCCGGCGGUGUGUGAGCCGGCGCGCUGCCCCCCGCGGGACCCCCAGCUCUGCCUGGCCGCCGGGGGGCUGCUCCAGCCCGACCGCUGCGGCUGCUGCCUGCUCUGCGCGCCCGGGGAGGGGCGGCCCUGCGCCGCGGGGGGACUCUGCGCCCACGGGCUGCGCUGCCAGCGCCCCUCCGCCCGCCCGGCCCGGGGCGGCACCUGCCUCUGCGCCGUGUCCCCCCAGCCAGUGUGCGGCAGCGACGGCCGCACCUACCGCAGCCUGUGCCAGCUGCGGGCCGAGAACCGGCGGGCGCGGGUGCGGGACGCGCCCCCGGCCAUCCCCGUGCAGCAGGGCGGCUGCGGGGAGCCAGGCUCCUUCCAUCCUGACAGCCUGAGGUAUAAGUUUAAUUUUAUUGCUGAUGUUGUGGAGAAGAUUGCUCCAGCUGUUGUCCAUCUUGAGCUCUUUCGCAGGAUGUCCUACUCAAGCCAAGAAGUUCUUGUGUCCAGUGGCUCUGGAUUCAUAGUGUCAGAGGAAGGACUGAUUGUCACUAAUGCGCAUGUCCUCACCAAUAAGCAAAGAAUCAGAGUGGAGCUCAAGAGCGGGGAGCAGUACGAAGCUAAAAUCAAAGAUGUUGACCACAAGUUGGACAUAGCCCUGAUCAAAAUAUAUCCUGAUACUGCGCUCUCUGUACUACAGCUGGGCAGAUCCUCUGACCUCCGUCCUGGGGAGUUUGUGGUGGCGCUGGGCAGUCCCUUCUCCUUACAAAACACUGUAACGACAGGAAUCGUCAGCAGCACUCAAAGAGGCAGCAAGGAGCUUGGCCUGAAGGACUCUGACAUGGCAUACAUUCAGACAGACGCCAUCAUCAAUUAUGGAAAUUCAGGUGGACCCUUGGUGAACUUGGAUGGUGAAGUUGUAGGGAUAAAUACGCUGAAGGUAACGGCUGGCAUCUCCUUUGCCAUCCCCUCUGACCGAAUCCGUCAGUUCCUAGAAGAAUCGCACGAUCGGCAGAUGAAAGGGACGAUUCGACCCAAGAAGAAAUACAUGGGAUUCCGAAUGCUUCCCCUCACUUUUAAUCUCAUCCGUGAACUGAGAAUCUAUGAUAAAGAUUUCCCGGACCUGAACUCUGGAGUCUAUGUUUUUGAAGUGAUUCAAGGAACUGCUGCUGCAAGCUCUGGCAUGAGAGAUGGUGAUGUGAUUAUCAGCAUUAAUGGAAAAACAGUCACUUCAACAGAGGAUGUAAGUGAAGCUGUUAAAGACAAUGAUGUUCUUUCAAUUGUAGUUCGUCGAGGAAAUGAAGAUGUGAUCUUGAAUAUAAUUCCAGAUGAAAUUGAUUAAAGGCUGACUUCCAUCAGAAAUAGUUUCAUUAAACAAAGUCAGACCUGCACUAUGUGGCUUAAGACAAAGCUUAUGCUGUACACAGUUUUUUCUAAUAUAAUGUAGGGAAAAAUCUUUCACAGGUGGUCCAGAAAGCAAUAUUUAGACAGUUAGAAUUCACUUUAAAAAAUCCUAAGAUAAAUCAAACUGAUGUGUUUUUCCACUCUGUAUUUUACUUCAAACACAUUUGAAAGUGACUAUUGAAGUAUGGGUCCCAUCCCCCACCCCUUCCAUAUUUAAAGGAAUUUAAAGCUAGCCAAAAAGUACUGUUGU